AUGGCUCUCCUUAUCGAAAGGUUCGGAGAUGCGAUUGAUAUACCCGAUAAGGUGCCCCAGGCUGCUGCACAGAAUCAUGGAGUUGGAGAAAAAGUGAUGACCAUUAUACUUGAGAGAUAUGGAGAUACUGUCAAGGUCACUGAAGAGGUGGUGAAGGCAGCAGUAACUCUUGAGUGCCGAGAGCAAGCAGAUGUCGCUCUAGACACGACGCACGAACAGCUGCCCGAUAAGCCUGAAUCGUGGGAGAAGCUGACACCUAAGUAUCCGCUUGGCUGUAAGCGGGUGGUUGUCUCGGAUUUUUUUUUUUACCCAGCAUUGAACCUUCCCAAUGUUGAGCUUGAGGCGAGACCUAUUCAUAAUAUCAGCAACCAUACUGUGCGUGUUGUCGGCACAGGUGGACAGCCAGAGGACGCGGACUCUCACUACGAUCUCGUCGUCCAUUCAACCGGCUUUCGAACCAAGUUGUUCCUGUAUCCGAUGAAGAUCUACGGCCGGAACGAUCGCGCCUUGCACGAGAUGUAG